AGUUACACUCCUUCACUCAGUCACUCUCCCCUACCUGGUGACGUCCACGACUGCAAACAUCAGCUGCCUGUCAGGACUCCUCCUCCACUGAGCCACAAUGACCCACACCUUGUGCUCGAGCUGCCUCCUUUUCUUCCUGCUGUCCCUCUGCUGUCCCACAUGUGCUCAACCUCAACGCAGGGCAGCGCGUGCCCCGGCUGCCAAGGUGCGUUUGGCGGGAAACUGGGCUCGAGAGGCACACGAAGGGCGUGUAGAGGUGCUGCACAACAACACAUGGGGAACCGUGUGUGACGAUGAGGUGGACAUCAAGUUGGCCAAUGUGGUGUGCAGGGAGCUGGGGUUCCAGGGUGGGAUCACGUGGGCGCACAGUGCAAAGUAUGGAGAAGGACAAGGCCCAAUAUGGAUGGACAACGUUCGCUGUGAUGGCUCUGAGAAGUCUUUGAAGGACUGCAAGCAUAAUGGUUGGGGUGUGAAUGACUGUAAACACUCUGAAGACUUGGGGGUGGUGUGCAGCUCUGAACGGAGGGUGGAUCCGAACCCCAGUAGAAGUGUGGUGACUUCAAGGCACAAUGGCAGCCCUGCACAUCAAUGGCAGGGCAUACUGGCCAGUCGCAGACAUCCAGGUUAUUACCACGGGAAUGGACACCCGCAAGAGAUCCCCAGGUUUUACAGACCCUACCACUAUCAGGGUCGCAGUAAAGUGCAGAUCGAAGAAGUUCGUCUACGCCCCAUUCUGAUGGCUACGAAGACGAAGAACCUGGUCACAGAGGGUGUUGUGGAAGUGAAGCAUGCUGGGAGAUGGAGGCAGGUCUGCGACAUGGGUUGGAGCCUUAACAGCAGCAGAGUUGUGUGUGGGAUGCUCGGUUUUCCAGAUGCAGCCCAACACAAUGUCAGAACAUACAAGAAAAUAUGGGACAGCAAGGUUGCAGAUCCUUCAACAAGACUGAGCAUCAUGGCAAAGAAGAAAGGAUUCUGGGUAGAAAAAGUGCACUGUUUGGGAAUCGAGAACACGCUGUCAGAGUGCCACGCUCAGCUGUCAAUCCCCCGUAGCCCCUCACCUUGUAAGAACGGCAGACAUGCAGUUGUUAAAUGUGUACCAGGGCCUCAAUUUGCUCGAAUGUCCUCAGGAAGACCCCAGGCACCUCAUCCAGUGGUGCCUGUGCGUCUGAAGGCAGGUCCCAGGCUGGGUGAAGGCCGCGUGGAAGUGCUCCGAGAUGGAAAAUGGGGGACAAUCGUGGACCACUUGUGGGAUAGAACUGCUGCCAGUGUUGUGUGCAGGGAACUGGGCUUUGGUACUGCCAAGGAUGCCCUAAUGGGAGCAUUUAUGGGACAAGGUACAGGACCUAUACACAUGAACAAUGUCCAGUGUAGGGGGACAGAACGCUCCCUCCUUGACUGCUACUUCCAGGAAGUUCCACUGUGGACAUUCAAACACAAUCAGGAUGCCUCAGUGCGCUGUAAUGUCCCACAGACUGGCAUGGAUACCACGGUACGCCUGGCUGGUGGUAGAGUUCCAUCAGAAGGUCGCGUGGAGGUGUUGAUGGAGAUUGGGGGCUAUAAGCGCUGGGGUUCCGUCUGCAGUGAGAACUGGGGUAUCAAUGAGGCCAUGGUUGUUUGCAGACAACUGGGCCUUGGAUUUGCUGCCAGUGCUCAUCAGGAGACCUGGUACUGGCCCGGUGACCCAAAUGCAGCUGAAAUAAUUCUCAGUGGAGCUCACUGUGUUGGCACAGAACUUUCCAUUCAACAGUGUCGUCGUAACAACCACAUUCAUUGUCCUCGAGGAGGUGGCUCUAAGUCCGCUGGGGUCAGCUGUUCAGACACUGCACCUGACCUUGUUCUGGAUGCCCAACUGGUCCAGGAGACAGCCUAUCUGGAAGACCGACCUCUCCACCUGCUGACCUGUGCCAAUGAGGAGAACUGUCUGUCCUCUUCUGCUGCCAGAAUGAACUGGCCCUACGGCCAUCGCCGCCUGCUGCGCUUCUCUUCCCGCAUUAUGAACCUGGGUCGGUCUGAUUUCAGACCCAAAGCCUCAAGGGAGAGCUGGACAUGGCACCAAUGCCACAGGCACUACCACAGCAUUGAGGUUUUUACACAUUAUGACCUGCUGACUCUGAACGGCACGAGGGUUGCUGAGGGACACAAGGCCAGUUUCUGUCUAGAGGACACUUACUGCCCUGAAGGACUCCAAAAGCGGUUCUCCUGCUACAACAUGGGUGACCAAGGCAUAUCUGUGGGCUGUUGGGAUACCUAUCGUCACGAUAUCGACUGUCAGUGGGUCGACAUUACAGACGUGCGGCCAGGAGAUUACGUCUUCCAGGUUGAAGUCAAUCCCUCAAUGGACAUGGCUGAGUCUGACUUCAUGAAUAAUGUCAUGAGAUGUAGGUGCAAAUACGACGGGCACAGAGUUUACAUGUAUGGAUGUCACGCAGGUGAUGCCUACAGUGCAGAGAUUGAAGAUCUGUUUGAGCACCAGAGACAAAUCACCAACAACUUUGUGUAGCUUGUCCCAGGGCCCAGUAGGACGGCCUUCCGAUGGGCCUGGAGACUGCUCAGGGUGGGAUGGGGUUGAUGGCCACAGGUGUUUGGGACUUCAGCCGGGCCCAAAGUACUAGGAAACGCUCCAAAUGGCACCUGUCCAUCUACUUGGCAGAUGCAGAUAAAAAUAUCAGUGAAAACAUCACUUUACAGACGUCGCAGAGGCUUCAUUCUCAACCUAAACAGUCACUGACAACAAGAGUGGAACAGGAGCCACUCGGCUGAACAUGUUUUUCACUUAAGUAAGAAGAUAUUGACUCAAACUAUAUUGAUUUUUGUGAAUGUGGACAGCUUGUAACUUAAGUUAUCUAUUCUAUACAAAUAUAUAUACAUUAAAGACAUUAAUGUCAUUAUAACUAAUCUGUCACAAAAGUCAACAGGGGAAGCUGGUGAUGCCGGAAAAUCUAAAGCUAAACAUAUAAAUGAUGAGGCAUGCAAUGUGAGUUUCUUCUGCACCUUCAGUCAUCUGAUGUAGCAUCAAAUCUAAAAUUUUACUGUUUGACAUCAUUAUAAGACAUUUCUACACUUACAAAUGUAACUGAUGUGCAUUUACAAAUAUUACAAAUAUUAGUGGCCUUUCAGCAUAAUGUAUUGUAGUAACCUCACUACAUGUCUGGUGCAGUGCAUUUUUGCAUUGUUUAAUGAGAUAUUUUAUUAUUUAGCUCUAACAAAAAUCAUUCUUUUACAUGACAGUAGUCAUUCUACAGUUAUUUCCUAUUCAUUUCAAAUUGGUAAGCCUGGUUUUUAUUCAUACUUUGUGCAUUGGUGCACGAUGCUGCCCUACGGUUGUAUGUAUGGUCACAUUUAUGCUUUGCCACUAGGGGGCGUAAUAAGUUCAAUACCAGAAAGCGCAGCAAAGAGCAAAUCCAGGUGAAGAACCCUAGAGGUUUCAGCCUGCUGUUGCCUUAUUACGUGGGUUUUAUAUGUGCUGAACUUAAUCUGCGUUUCUUGAUGAUUUUUCGUAAAUAAUAAUCUUCUAAAUUUUGCCUAUUUUGGGGGGAGGGGGGUUCACAACACACUCUUAAACCCCUCUCACACCGGGCCUGCGUAUGUAUCUAGUUCAUAGGAAUGACUAUGAAAGUUGCUUGCAGGGAAAAGAAAAAACCUUGCGCGUAGGGGGGAGAAGCUUAGCUCAUUGAUGCUGUUUUUACAGGCUGCCUGGACACACAGGUGGAUUUGAUACAUUGGAAAAAGUCAGAAUACAUUAUUUCCAGGAGUUAAUGGACUUUAUUUACUGUAACGUGCCACAAUUGUGAGAGAACUUGAGGAGGUGAAAGCACCGUGGAGCUGCAGCCGUGAUCGUGUGCACGAUCUGGCCAUGAGGAGUGGACGGUGGACAUGUCCUCUCGCUGGCGAUCUGUCCAUGAGGAGUUAGUGGAUGUGGAAGCUUGUCUAGUCCACCUCUUCUUCUUUUGUGAUUUUGAAGCUUCACUGCCAGCAAAGUCCAGCAGGAUGAAUAAAAUCUAGUAAUGCAGGUAUGUACUGAUAAAGUUGGGUUGGGUUGUGUACAGUUACGGAGGCUUGGUGUACAGCAGCGCAAUGUUGUGUAGACUUACAUGGAACACUGCGUCCAUUAUCUACUCCAAAAGGUCGUGAAAAAAAUUAAACAUGUUUAAUUUUUUGGUAUCCAUUUCAUGGACCCCUCUGCGUCCCUCAGCGUAUUGCCACGUAGGGCUGUAUAAGCUUGGUGUAGUCGGUACAUGGAAUUACGCAAUUCUACAUUGGCCCGGUGUGAAAGGGGCUUUACAGGGUGGCAGGGGUGCUUCAUUUGAUUACCAACAGUUCUUCUCUUUGCAAACAUGCAGCAAGGUGAGAGUAAAAACAGCCUUAAUAGGUCAAAUGUUUUUAAAAAACAAAGCACUUUAACUUUUUAACAUCAGUAUUUUAAUUUUACCCCACCUGCUCCCACAUGACUUUGAAAUUAUUCACCAAAUUUGUGAUUUUAUCAACAAAAUUAUACAUUUGUGUGUGUGCGUGUGUGUGUGUGUGUGUGUGUGUUAGUUGCAGAAGUGAGAUCUAAAGUUUGCUUUUAGCUUUCAGAUAAAUGUACUAUUUAUGCUGUAAAUUUAUUUAUUCCUGAGAUUCACACUUACACAGCAUGACCUUACACACAUUUAUCUGUAUAUUACUGAAUAGGUUUUGUUUGAAAUAUUUGUGAGAUACGUUAACCUGGCAGAAAACACUUUUUUUGUAGUUGCCAAAUAAGAGAACUUUGACAGAUGAAUAAUUAUUUAUUUUAUUUUAGUUAUGAAAGUAGCAGUAAGUGAAGUGUGGAGUCUUAACAUUUGUGAUGGGAGUGAAAAGCAGUCUGACAAAACCGCAGCGUUGUGGUAGGCAGUGAAGCUGGCUUUGGAGAGCGUAAAAAAGCCUUUUAAUUAUGUCUGUUUGGGUUAGGGUUAAGGUUAUGGUUAAAGUCAGCAGUAUAGCACGUGCUUUAUAAAGAAAAAUGGCGGAAUUGUCACACAUGGAAUCAAAGACGUUCAGAGGAGGAUGAAAAGGUUAUGACGGAUUCAAGAGAACAAGGAGGACAAAGUAAGAGGAGUCACAGCAGACAGACGGGAAAGCUUUGAGACUGGAGGUUUGACUCUAAGAGCUGCCUUUUUGUAGGCUGCCGUAUACGAAGACCGCAAGCUGGCAUUUUCGGCUCCCCAACGAGAACAACAUGUUUGUCUGGGAGGAGAAAAUACACUCACAAAUUCACAGGUUUACACAGUAAACAUUAGCCUUACUUGUUGUCCAAGCCAGGCCUCCUUGAAAACGUACUGUAUUAUCCUACAGCUUUGCUGGAUAAGUUGAUUUUCUGCACUUCACCAAAUAAUGAUGUAACUCACUUUUUUUUUUUUUUUUACGGCGUGUAAUUCCAAACUGCUUGUUUUACUCCAUUAAUGUCUUUGAUGUGUUUGGCUUAUUGUUCUUAGUGGUUAAACCUGUUAACACGGUUUUCUCACUCAGUUUCCAGAGCACGCUGUAGUCAAGUCACCCAUAAAGACCAAUAUAGAUUUCAUUGUUUCUGCAGAUGGUCGUCGUCUUUAGUAAACCUUUGUAUUUUUAAUUCCACGAAGGAGCCUCAGAAAGCAUUAUGGCUGUUACAUUCAGGUCUGUAAGUAUUUGGAGAGUGAUUCAAUUUUGGGAAUUUUACCUCUGUACCCUAUCAUAUGUGAUUGGAUAAACUAAAUAUAACAAUUAUUAUUAAUAUCAAUUUACAUUUACAGAAGUUUUUAUGUAUAUUCUUUGUUUUUAGGAAAGUUUUUAGGAAGGAUAUGUUUAGACUGGUGAGGGAAUAUCCAUGAUAUUGCCAAAGGACAUACAGUAGGUUUCUGUGGCUGUGAUUGGAAAACAUGUACAUCACACAACAAUACCUGUGCAACUCCUGUUGCAUUGCUUUUAAAGAAAAUCUACGUGUUCCACUCCACCAUGUAGCUGUGGUACAACUGGAAGAAGUUGUUUUAAGUCUUCCCAGUCCAAAACAGAGAAGCCUGUUAAUUCCUCCAGAGUUGUCAGGUGUGUCUUGGUGACUUCCCUCACUGAUCACCUUCUUGCAUAAUCACUUACUUUUUGAGAACAGCCUACACCAGAUGGAUUUACCAUACAACACCACACUGUUUUUAUUCAUUCAUUUUCUACCGCUUAUCUGUCUGGGUUACUGUCGCAGCAGACCAAACAGCUCAUCCCACUCUUCCCUAUCCUCGACCAAGCCCUGUAACUUUUCCUAGGGGAUUCCAAGGUGUUUCCAAGCCAACUGGGAAAUAUAUUGCCUCCCAUGUGUCCAAGGUCUUCCACAGGGUCUCCUCCCAGGUGGAUGUGCCUAGAAGACCUCCCUGGGGAGACAACCAUGGGGCAUCCUCACCAUUCUGUUUAUAAUUCUUAAUGAGAUAAAUGAGGCAUUUUCAUUUUCAGAGCCUGUUAAUUGAAAAUAGACCGACUGUAUACAUAAACGGUCAUAAAUACGAGUAAAUGGUAUGUGUGAAAUUUUGGUCAACCCUGCUGCAUUUAUUAAGCUGAAUAUCUACAAUGCAAGCACAUGCUGAUUGUUUCAUUUCAGGACUAUUGCUGAGGUAUACAGAGGUAAAAUUACAAAAACUGCAUUAUUGUCCAAAUACUUAUGAUACAGACUGUAUAAUCCAUGCACAUGUGCGUAAUAAUAUCCGAACACAGUGAACCCCAUUUUGCAAACAUCAUCAUGAUUUGGUACAUUUUCUGCUUGUUGGCACACUACGACGUUGUGUUCUAUGUGACAUAUUAAGUAUAUGAUGUUCUUGAUCUUAUGUUCAUUCACAAUUACUCAACAUAUUACUGUAUGCGUGCCCAUGCUGUAGGUAUAGCAUUGCAUAGUGCACACACUUGGACAUGCAUUUUCCAUGGCCAGUUGAGCUUUUAUUGUGCCUUUUAAAGCUAAAAGUGUGAGUUGCAGUUUGUGGUGCUGAUGUAUAGAAACCUGUGCUCUCAGGGACUUUGACCUCAUCUCAAAGACUUCAAGGAACAUUUCAUGUGAUAUAAUUUUGGGUGCUUUGUAUAUGUUGCAUAUGAGUUUACAAUAUGUCAUCUGUAUCCAUGUUUUCUCUGCUGGUAAACCUUUAAAGUAUGAAAAUAGGUGCUUUGGAACAUUUUCCUUGAAAAGAAAAAGUUUGGAUAACUGAUUAGACACUGGCUGAGUGAGAGGAGGCAAGUUACAGUAAAACAACAAAUCACAAUCAAUUCAUUCAUCAUGACUGUGAAUCAAUAAAACUUAAUCACAUAC